AUGACAGGACAGGACCGAGCCACCGCCAGCCGUCACCAUGUUUAACGUUAACUAGUCCUUUAACUAGCACUUAGUUAUUGAAUAGCGAACUAUGCAAAACAAGCUGAUAAUAUAAAGCCAGUUUGGUGAAGGUGGGUCAAUAUAGAUGUACUUUUGGGUUGUGUCGUUACAAGCUCCUGAGGCUAAGUUUAGCAAUUUAGCUGGCUAAUGUUAAAUCUGACAAGUUAACCGAGCUAGCUCUUUAAUGUCUAUGAGCUGCCAGCUGUAGUCUGACAUUAGAUGAUAUUUAGCAAGUUAACAGUAGGUGAAAAGCUUAAUUUACAUCGAGAAACAUAAUGGCGUCGAUGAAGUUUGAUAGGACAACAUAUGCUGGGGUGCAGUUUUGACUUUGGGCUGUCAACAAGCUCGCUGACGUUAGCUAGUCUGGCUAACCAGCUAGCUGUGUACUAGCUACCAUGGCCAGGAUAGAAAACGGCCGUCAGUCGGUGGACACCAGGAGUAUCCGGACCAUCAGCAGCAGCCGCAUUGACGAUGAAAGCUCCUUUGGAUCCGACUCAGAGAUCAACGGCUUCACCAGCGAGAGACAGACCGACAAAUAUGGAUUUAUUGGCGGGGCACAGAUGUACACGGAGGGAUCAGCUCAGGAUGUGCCUACAGAAGUGCUCCGGCAAAGAGAGGUGAAGUGGCUGGACAUGCUCAGCCACUGGGACAAGUGGAUGAUCAAGAGAUUCAAUAAGGUGAGGCUGCGGUGCCAGAAAGGAAUCCCUCCCGCGCUCCGAGGCCGCGCGUGGCUCUAUCUGUCAGGAGGGAAAGUGAAGAGAGAGCAGAACCAUGGAAAGUUUCAGGAGUUGGAUAGCCAGCCAGGAGACCCCAAAUGGAUUGAUGUCAUUGAGAAAGACCUUCAUAGACAGUUUCCAUUCCAUGAAAUGUUUGUGGCACGGGGAGGACACGGGCAGCAGGACCUGUUCCGUGUCCUUAAGGCCUACACUCUGUACAGACCAGAGGAGGGAUACUGCCAAGCUCAGGCUCCCAUUGCUGCUGUACUGCUCAUGCAUAUGCCUGCUGAGGAUGCCUUCUGGGGGCUGGUCCAAAUUUGUGAGAAGUACCUUCCUGGCUACUACAGUCCUGGCCUGGAAGCUAUACAGUUAGAUGGUGAGAUCCUGUUCGCACUGUUGCGACGUGUCUCGCCUCUAGCCUUCCGCCAUCUGGAGAAACACAAGAUCGACCCCAUCCUCUACAUGACCGAAUGGUUUAUGUGCGCCUUCUCCAGAACGCUGCCCUGGGCCUCUGUGCUGCGAGUAUGGGACAUGAUCCUCUGUGACGGAGUCAAGAUCAUCUUCCGUGUGGGUUUGGUGCUGCUGAAGUGCAUGCUGGGGAGCCGUGAGAAGCUGAAGGCCUGCCAGGGCCAAUAUGAAACCAUGGAGCUUCUCAGAGCCAUAGAGCCUCGAUACAUGCAGGAGGGCUUCCUUGUCCGAGAGAUUAUAGAGAUUCCAGUAACAGCGCGAGACGUGGAGAGGGAGCACCACUCCCAGCUGAAGCGCUGGAAGAAGAACCGCGGCGAGCUCAAUUUCAAAUCGCCUCCGAGGAUGCACGGCGCCCGGCUCAUCAUGUUGGCAGAGCCGCCCAGGCGCCAGGACCUGCAGCAGAACCCCACCAUCGUAAUCGAGGUGGCUCAGCCGGCCGCGCAGCUGAACAAGGGCAAGGAGGAGAAGAAAAGCAAGAAGAAAAAGAGCAUCAAGAAAAGCCAGCUCACUGAGGAGAUCCCUAACCCUUACCCUCUCCUCACUGACUCUCCUCCACCUCCACCCUCCGACCCACCAGCCCCUCCUCCACCCUCCGACCCACCGGCCCCUCCGCCGGUCCGCAGCGAGACGCCAGAGACGGCGCCACAGACUGAACCAGACUCACCUCACCAGCAGCAAGCACCUCCCACAGUCCCUCCCCCCGCCAAAGAGUCGCCCCUUCAGCGAUCCACACAAAGCCUUAGCAGCACAGAGCAGGAUACAUACCUGUAACUCCACUGCAGUUAGUGUGUGUGUGUGUGUGUGUGUGUGUGUGUGUGUGUGUGUGUGUGUGUGUGUGUGUGUGUGUGUGUGUGUGUGUGUGUGAGUGUGUGUGUGUGUGUGUGUGUGUGUGUGGAAGAAGCACCAGCACCCUUCAGCCAACGACCAGCCAAUAAAGUGUUGGACUGUUUUGUAUUCACUUAUUCAUCUUAGACACCAUUUUGCCUACAAUAUUAUUGAUAUACACUAAGGCAUCAUUGCUCAGUGUAAAACUAGUUUGAUGCUUGCGCCAAUUUUUUGUCCACGUGAUGCUGACAUUAGCUCCUCGUGAUGCUUGACGCUUUUAUUCAAACCAUAAGUCUUAGUAUUCUGUUUGCAAGGGAGACAUGUUACGGAGAUUUGGGAGAACAGCAAGGUGCCACAGCUUAUGCAGUUUUUCUAUACAUUUCCACUCCGAUUCAACACUAUCUAGUUCAGUUGUAAUAUUUUGCAGCGGUGAUUGUAGUCCUUUGUUGUUGUUUUUUUAAUUCAAAUGCUUUUCUAGUUCUCUGAUGUCAUUAGGGGCUUCGCUCACUAGAGGGCGACCUCGCACAGGUGCCAGCUGUAUUUCCUGUUACAUUCCCUGUUUGUAAAACUGAGCACAGCAAGGUUGGGAUUCCUUUAAGGACUCAGUUUGGGAGGUAUUAUUAUGAGAUUGCGCUUACAUUUUUUUCCUUGAGCAUUUCAUGUUUUACAUUCUGACAUUUGAAUUGAAAAUUGGUGAAAUUGAACAACAACCACAUUGCGAUCGUGCAAAAAUAAUUAUUUAUUUCAAGUAUAAACAUGAACAUGUGUCGUUUGUGCGUGCCUCAAUUGUGCACCAUUUUUUUUCAAAGUGAGCUGAAUUGAUGUGGUUUAACUUCAAUACUCACUGUGCCAAGCUUUAGAGCAGCAGUAAUUCACGUUAGUUAGUUUGGCAACAGAGAGGAGAACAGCAGACAUUCCUCACUGUAUGACACAUUCCUGCCUUCUUAAAAGCUAAUCAGUCUCGAAGCUGUCUUUUGCCAAAUGCAAAUCUGUAUAAUUUAUGUAUUUGUGCAUGUGUUUCCUGUGACAACUUGGACAGCGAGUGCUUGCAAAUCACCUAAUGGUGCUGACCUUCCAACAAGAUCGGACGGUGUGUUUUGUCUGUUUUUUUUUUUUUAAUGUAUACUUUGCUAGAAUUUCCAAAGCAGAUCAUGACUGUUGUUUGACCUACAACCGCUACCUGUGACCAGGAUUAUUCUGUUAUUACAGUCGAGAGGGAUCACAUGAUUUCAACAUUUUUGGUAGGAUUUUUCUGUUGAGAACUUUGCUCAUUUUUUUUGGGAAAUAUGGAGACAUGCCAGGGAUGUGAGGCUGUUUUCAAAAAAUGUAAGACAAUCUUUUUUUUUUGGCAGUUCAAGUGUGUUUACUAUCUUUUAUCACAAUGGUAAAUGAUAAAGGGAGUUUUGACACGCAUAAGCACUUGUGUAAAAUGUGUUUAUGUAUGCAAUUAAUCUAAAAAAGCCUCUGCUGCAUGUUUAGGUCACUUAUAAAAACCAAUGGGGGUUAAAGGAUAACACACUUUCAAGCCAUCACUUGCCUGUAUGUCAUAGUUUUUUAGUUGCUUCUAUUAAACACCUCACAUUUGGCUGAUGUUAUAUUUUAAUUUAAUGCUCAUUGUGUAGAUAAGACAUGUAAAAUAACAAUUUGUUUUGUAAUGAAAUCUAUUUUUCAAUGUAUAAUGCUAUAUUUUAUUGAGCAGUUACAGAAACUGCAGAGGAGACAUCUGAAUCAUUUGCAAACCUUGCAGUAUAUUUUAGAUCUACAUGUGUAACACUAGAAAAAUACUAGUUUGUUCCUGUGGAAUUUGGGGAAAACCUUUGGAGACAGAGUGGUAUUAUUAUUAUACCAUUCACAGUACAGUAUCACAGCAUCUUGAAUUAAAA